AAAUAAAAUCUAGCGUUAAUGAGCCUCUCAACUAAUUUUUAAAAAAUAACCCCUUGAAAAAAUAAAUGUGCCAACAACUGCUCGCAAUCGCCAUCGCUUUAUCAAAAUGAUUACUCCAAAUUAUUAGAACAGUGUUGAACCUAUACUUAUAGACUUAUAGUAAUACUUUGAACAUUUAAUGUGAGAUAAAUAUCGCAUUAUCCUAAUCAAUGAAACACUCCUGCAACUAUAAAUAUAGCUCACUACAUCAUUUCUUAUAUAUCCAUCAUUUCACCAACAUUUGAACAAUGGCUAUUUCCUCGUCUCUCGAGAAACUUGUCUUAGCAUUUAUGCUUGUCCAAAUUUCCUCUCUUUCACAUGCCCAUCUUCUAAAGAUGUGCAAGAUAGACCAAAUCUAUAACAUCGGAGAUUCCAUUUCCGACACAGGAAAUUUGGUCCGAGAAGUCGGCCUCGCCACCUUCUGCGCGAGGCCGCCUUACGGCGAAUCGUAUUUCAAGAAACCGUCGGGCCGAUGCUCCAACGGCCUUCUUAUGAUUGAUUUCAUUGCAUUAGAUGCGGGUGUUCCUUUUCUACCACCCUACAGAAACAGUGGUGCUGAUUUUAGGCAUGGAGUGAACUUCGCCGUCGCCGGUUCGACGGCGCUGCCGUGGUACGAGCUGGCGGCGGAGAAUGUCUCGUCUUCGGUGACAAACAGCUCUCUCUCUGUGCAGUUGGAUUGGAUGGCUGCUCAUUUCAACUCCACUUGUCCUAAUCGCACAGAUUGCACCAAGAAAGUCGAAAACGCACUUUUUAUGUUUGGAACAAUUGGUGGAAACGACUACAACUACGCGCUCUUUGAAGGAAAGCCCUUGGAAGAGUUAAGAAGCAUGGUACCUCAAGUUGUAAAUACCAUUAUGCUUGGUGUUAAGAAAGUUAUUAGCUACGGAGCUACUAGGGUGGUGGUUCCCGGGAACUUGCCCAUCGGCUGCCUUCCAGUUUAUAAAACCCAAUUCUUGACCAACGUAUCGGCAUCAUACGAUGAGAAGCAGUGCCUGAAGCAGCUGAAUGAUUUCGCCAAAUACCACAAUCAACAACUGCAGCAAGCCAUUCAUGACCUGCAACAACAAAACCCUAAUGCAAUAAUCGUCUAUGCCGAUUAUUACAAUGCUUAUCGCUUUCUACUCCAACACGCCAUAUCUCACGGGUUGGAUACAGAAAGGGCUUGUUGUGGGAUCGGAGGAAAAUACAAUUACGAUAUGCCGAGAAUGUGUGGGAACGAUGGAGUUAAUGUCUGUGCUCAUCCGGAUGGAUACAUGAGUUGGGAUGGGGUGCAUUUGACCCAACAGGGAUACAAGAUCAUGGCAGGAUGGCUGCUGCCUCACAUCUUCUCCAGUCUCCAUUGCCACUUUUAAAACCUUACUCACUAGGCUAUAUUUCAUUACUAAAACCUACAUAUUUUUGUUGUCUCCUUGUUUUUAUAUAAAUUGUUUGUGUGAUUAUAAUUCAGUUUAAAUGUAUCAUCGUUGUAUUAAA